AUUCGUGUCGUGUGUUAUUUCAUCACUUUUCUUAAAACAGAAAGAUAUACAUAAAUGGCAACUUCCGUGUUAGAUGUUCGGCCUCCUGCAUUAACUUCCAUCUCUGAACCACUCCCAUUUUUUGAUGGAACCACAAGGUUGUACAUUUGCUAUCUGUGCCCUUAUGCACAACGUGCAUGGAUAACUAGAAACUGCAAGGGACUGCAAGACAAGAUCGAAUUGGUUCCUAUUGACCUCACAAAUAGGCCUUCUUGGUAUAAGGAGAAAGUGUACCCUCUUAACAAGGUGCCAUCGUUGGAGCACAAUGACAAGGUUUUAGGAGAAAGUCUUGAUUUGAUCAGAUAUAUAGAUGCCAACUUUGAAGGGCCAUCUCUAUUUCCAAGUAAUCCUGCCAAGAGAGAAUUUGGAGAGCUAAUGAUAUCCCAUGUUGAUACGUUCACCAGUGGCGUAUACUCUUCGUAUAAAGGAGAUCCUGUACAACAAACCAGUGCUGCUUUUGAUUACUUGGAAAAUGCUCUUGGUAAAUUUGAUGAUGGACCAUUCUUUCUUGGCCAAUUUAGUUUGGCGGAUAUUGCCUAUGUUUCAUUUAUUGAAAGAAUCCAAUUGGUUUUUUCUGAAAUUUUUGAGCACGACAUCACAGCAGGAAGGCCCAAACUAGCCACAUGGAUUCAGGAGGCUAAUAAGAUUGAGGGAUAUAAGCAGACAAAAGUAGACAAGGAGGAGUAUUUGGAAGCUUUCAAGAUAAAGUUUUUGGCUUAA